CGCCGCUUCAUACAACCGUAUAUUGAUACCCAAUCUCAAUUACUAAACUCCAGAACUACAUCAGCAUACCAUGUCUUCUAGCAAGGGCCAGUUCGAGUCAGGCUUCCAGCCUGAAGUCCAACACCAGCCCGUCCCGGGCCUGGAGAGCAAAAUGGACCCGCAGCCCCUCUAUGAGCAUCUCCCGACCCCGGAUGGCGGCAAGCAGCUCUACAAAGCGGCCGGCAAGCUCGAGGGCAAGAAGGCCAUCAUCACCGGCGGAGACUCCGGCAUCGGCCGGUCCACUGCCAUCCUCUACGCCAUGGAGGGCGCGGACGUCUUCAUCGCGUACUUGAAGCAGGAGCAGGAAGAUGCCGAGCAGACCAAGAAGAUGGUUGAGUCGAAAGGCCGCAAGUGCUACCUGCACCCCACGGACCUGACCUCGCAGUCGAACUGCCAGAAGCUCGUCUCAGACGCGCUCAAGCAGCUCGGCGGCAUCGACAUCCUCGUGAACAAUGCGGCGUAUCGGAUGGUCUGUGACGACAUCAAGGACCUCAAGGAGGAGCAGUGGCUGUACACCUUCGACAUCAACAUUCACCCGUACUUCUACCUCGCAAAGUACUGCCUCCCCCACAUGAAGGCCGGGUCCACCAUCAUCAACAACGCCUCCAUCAACGCGUACAUCGGCCGGCCCGAUCUGCUCGACUACACCACCACGAAGGGUGCCAUCGUGUCUUUCACCCGCGCGCUGUCGAACCAGUACGUUGGCAAGGGCAUCCGUGUGAAUGCGGUUGCGCCGGGCCCUGUGUGGACGCCGUUGAUCCCUGCGACCAUGGGCGACGACCAGAUCAAACAAUUCACCGCACCUAUCGGCAGGCCGUCGCAGCCUACCGAGAUCGCGACUGUAUUUGUAUUCCUGGCGAGCGCGGACAGCAGUUCGAUCAGCGGGCAGACUAUCCACGCCAACGGCGGUACCGUCGUUAACGGUUGA